AUGGUGAGGGAGGCGCACGAGCUCCUGGACGGCAGCAGACCCAUCCCCAUAGACAAAAUAACAUACGAGCUGUCCCAAAAUAUAAUCCUGGCAUUUGACACCAACGAACUGAUCUCCAGUAAAGACACGCAAAUAGAAGUGGAGACAAGAAUAGGUCUGGUGAUUGACAAGAAUAAAAAUAGGAUAAGAUUACCAAGCAACACAGAUGCCAUCGUAGAAAGUAAUUACUCAGAUUUUUCUUCAGGGGUGGACAAGCAUUCCUUUGAAUAUCUUUUAAAUUAUUUACACUCCCUGCGGGGAAAGGAGUGGAACAAAUGGGGUGCCAAUUAUGGACAAGUCAGUAGCGGGGUGGACAAUACAAAAAUGUUUAGAGCGGAUAGCGGGGUAAAGGGAAAUGGUUAUAGCGAUGGGAAGGUACACAGUGGGAAGAGCAAUCUCGCCCAUGCAAGUGAACAAAAGCAAACUGGCCAAACGGAUAAUAAUUAUAUAUAUGAAUUUUUUUCCACAAAAAAGGUUAAAAGUGUAGAUAAGUAUUACAUCCUGCAACAAAAUGACAACUCUCGUGUUCGCGUGACCACUUAUUUGAAUGACGACUCAGGGGGGGAGAAUGAAAGUAUGGCCAAGUCGUUAUGCAAAAGGAAUUUAAACACGUGGAAUAUCUACAUGGGGAAUAAUAAAGAUUAUUUUGACGAGGUGGACGAAGAGGACGAUGAGGAUGACGAGGAGGAUACCAAAGGGAAGAAAAAAAGGAAGACUGACCAGGGAGGGAGUGAGAUGGCAAAUGUUAGUGGAGGGGGGUGUGGACAUGCCCGAUCGGGUGAUGACUCCGUAGAUUAUCGAAUAGCAAUUAAUUUGGAGCACACCAAACGAAUAAGCAAAUUAUUUCUCUCCAAAAUUUCGCCUGUACACGAAAGAGUAAAAGAGAGGACUUCCUUUGUAAAUAAAUUUUUGGGGAUCCAAUUGGACUUGACCCAAAUUAAGACCAAGGAUGAUGGAGAAAUUUACGAAAUUGAAAUUGAAAUUCUUUCGAAAAGUAUUUUAAAAGCCAUGUCCAAUUUACGUAACAAAAAUGAUUCAAAUUAUUUGCUUUUUAUUUGUUCCAAUUUGAUAAAUAAUGCGCGGGGUAUAUGUAGGGAGCUCUGUCAUUUUAAGAAGAGGCAAACUUUGGGCAAGGAACCCAGCUUGGAUGGUGGGGGGGACAAAAGUGUGCAAAGCACGUAUGUACACUCAACAAGGGAAAAAAGAAAAUUUGAAAAAUAUAUACACUCGGUUACCCCUAUCAUUGGGGAUUAUAUGUACAGAGUUGUUGCCAAAAAUGAAGAAAAAAUUCACGCCGUGCUGCGCGAGGAGAGCCUGUCCAACAAAGGCAAAAUUGAGGCUUUGCAAAAACUUAUCGACAUUCGACGCCACAAUAAGAAGUCAGUGAAGAAGAUCAGCGAGACGUAUGCAGAGAAUCGCUGGAGGGUUGUACGUACGCAGGGGACGCAGGGCGAGGUCGUCCUGGUCAGCGAGGGGAGCGAAGGAACGGUCGAAGCGGGCGAAAUGGGCGAUGUGGACGACGCGGAUGGGCUCGGUGUGGAGAACCUGGAGCCCACAGCAUUCAACUUCGACAACAGCAGCGCCAGUGGAAGCGAAGGGGAGGGAAACAAAGGAGAAAAGGACAGCGCACAGCAGGAUAGCAGUAAGUAUAAGGAUUUCUACAGCGAUACGUGA